AUGUCAGACUUUUUUGAUAAUGAUUCCGAUCCUGAUAUCUUUUUAGGUGAUGAUUCCGAUCCCGAUGAAAAAGAAAAAGACUAUGGUGAUACGCCGUCUAGUUCUAGCUCAGAGGAAAAUGUUAAGGAUGAUGAUUUGAAUGAUGACAGUGCAUUUCCUAUUAAUUACUCUCAUACUAAUAAUAUUGAUGAAGUUACCGAAGAAGAAGAAUACGAAGAAGAAGAAGUUGAACAUGAAGAGGAGAAGGAGAACAAGGAAGAGGAAACCAAGGAAGAAGAUGAUGGUUAUGAGGCCGAUGAGAAUGACGAGGCCGACAAUGAGGAUGGAAAAGAUGAUUAG